GAACUACUACUAUGUUGUUGCCACAACGCUCUUGUAAAGACUUACAACUGUGCUGAAUGUGUCUACAAUUCAGCACAAACAGCUCAUACAGGACUGCGCUAAUGCCUGUAAUUAGGAGUGCACCCUUUCCUCUGUGCUGCAGGACUCUGGCCAAUCACGGUGGAGCUAACUUUAUAGUGCUAUUGGGUGCGAGUAAUUUUUCAGCUCACAGCUGGAGUGAGUGUAGUAGUCUUUACGCACGGGGCUCAAGUGGAUCAGGUCGGAGAGAAGGCGUUUCUCCAGGGAAGGGAAUUGACAGUAUAGGUUAGCAGUUUCUGUUAACUUUAAGAUCUCACGUAGUAGUGAGCAGAAUUUAGGCCGUUUCAAAGUUCAUUAGAGGAGGGGGCGCUUUUUAGAUUUGACUUAAAAUUUCCGAAGAGGCUUUAACAGUUUAUCCAGAACAGAAGUUGGGUUUCAAACAAAUCAGCAUCAGCUGCCGGAGAAGUCCUGGGGCAGAAUGAACUCCACCGUGGAGAAAACUAAAAGCUUUCGAAUCGAUGCGCUCCUAGCGCACGACGAGGAACAGAGGGCGGACAGCGAGGGUGCGUCCCCGGGUUUGUAUUACAGCAGGAGCCCCGGCAGCAGUCCGGUGUCCACCCGCGGCUCAGAGACGCCCUCCCCACAUCCAAACCCACCAAAUCCCGCUCUGGCCCAGCAGGGAGUCCUGAGCAAAUCCCAGCUCUUCAACUUGUCCCAGUCGGGAAUCACUACUCUGCACCAAGGAGGUCUACUCGGAAUGCAUCCUAGUCCCAUGUAUCCCCUGGCGGCCCUCGGAGGCCAGCACCACGCCUUCAUGUACCCCGGCUUCACGCAGCUGGUCCAGCCAUACUCAGAGCAACUGAAAGGUGCCACGAUGGCCGCAACGCUCCCGCUGGAGCACUGGAUCAGAGCCGGAAUGAUGAUGCCCAGAAUGGGAGAGUAUGGAGCUCCGGCCCAGGCCGGUUUGUUGGGAAAAUGUCGGAGACCCAGGACAGCUUUCACCAGCCAGCAGCUGCUGGAAUUAGAAAACCAGUUCAAGCUCAACAAGUACCUGUCCAGGCCUAAACGCUUUGAGGUGGCCACUUCGCUCAUGCUUACUGAGACUCAGGUUAAGAUCUGGUUCCAGAACAGACGGAUGAAAUGGAAGAGAAGUCGCAAAGCCAAGGAACAAGCAACACCGACUUCCCCCCUGACUGACACAGAAAGGAGCGGGAUGAAUAUACACAGCACCAAGCCUCACAGUGAUUCGCACAGCUCAAGCCUAGAGGACGAGGAGGAGUUAGAGGGGGAGGAUGAGGACGAAAAAGAGAAGACAGAGGUGCUCAGGGCAGGUUCUUUAGGCUCUGUAGGCUUCAUGAGACAUGGAACAGGGAACUAUAGCUCUUAUUCAGAGGAGGAGCUGGAGGAGGGAGGGACAAGAUCAAGAAGUGAAGUUUUCCCAAAGUUAUGAAGUUCAGCAUGCUUUUAUUCUAUGUCUUUUUAUGAUCGUUACUCUUGAGAAGACAAAACACAAUGAAUUCCGAUGCACAAACCUUUUGGCAUGAGAGGAGGAUAGUAUUUUUUCACAACCAAACCCAUGGUGCCAUAUCUGUAUCUGGAACUCCCAAAUGUCAAUAUCUGCACAUAUAAAAAUGGGACAUUUACUGGUUUAAUGCUCAGGGAUCCAUCUGAGUUAUGACUUCAGAAUCAACAAAUAAUUCUGACUUAUAUUGGGCAUUUUGUGCAUGAUUUACUUGUGACAGAAAGAGUACCAACAAACUGAAAGCCCUUGCUCCUGUCCAGUUAACUCCAGUAAACCAAUUCAUUUAUGAAUAUACAGUACAUGUUCUUAAACUAUAUGAACUGGGGGCAGGUGUAAUAGCACUUUGCUGGAAGGUAAUAAUUUAUAUGGAGACCCAUGCUGUAACCAGUAUCAGUGUUACAUUGUUAUCAGGGCAUCCCAGUCUGUUACAAAUGCUGGACAAAUAUUCCACUAAUAAUAGAAAAUGUUCACAGUUUUAAGAAGACUUUACAGAAUAAUGGAGUCAUAUUCACACAGUUAAAGGUUUUGGGCAUUAUGUGUGGCAAGAUAAAUGCUAUUGUGUCUAUUGUUGUACUUUUUGACUUUGUGUUGUACAAUAUCCAGCUCUUUGUUUUGUAUUAACUUGAAACUGCAUGUUAUAUUUAGUUAAAUGCACGUGCCCAUGCAAAUGCACACACACACACACACACAGACACAAAGGAAUGGCUGCACGUACUGUAUGGUAUAUAAAAUUUACUGUUAAUAUGGAAUUUCCCCUGUAUUUUGUAAACGUCAAGCAUGUUAUAUUGUCGAUAUAAUUUAACAUUAUAGAAUUUAAUAUAUUUCACUUUUAAAGGAACAUCAGUGGUUUUUGUGGAGAGGAAUAGUUUGAAAAUAAAGUUGAAUCAACGUGUGUUGAGUGUGUUAGACUGAAAUAAGUAAAUUCAGACUGAGAAAGUGAAUGACAAUGUAUGUGAUUAAAGGGAUAGUUCUU